ACACCUUCAAUGAACAUGAUUGAAAGCUGCACAUCAUGUCUGUAAGAACAUUUUCUUGCAGGGUUUUCGUUAAUUUUUUGAACCACGCUGCAGUCACCUACAACAAGCCGCUUCAUGCUCGACAUGCAGCCGCCGUCAGAGGUUACUACACCUCGGGGAAGCCCAGAGACACCGGGGCAGGACGGGCGGCCCGGGUGCAGGUCGUGGACCUCCGUAGCGACACCGUGACCAAACCCGGUGCAGCGAUGCGUCAAGCCAUGGCGGAGGCCGAGGUUGGAGAUGAUGUGAUGGGCGAAGACCCGACUGUUAACGAGUUACAGAAAAUUGCAGCUAAUCUGUUUGGUAUGGAGGCCGCCCUGUUUGUCCCUACUGGAACUAUGAGUAAUCUCAUCGCAGUGAUGGUGCACUGCAGGGAGCGAGGCGAUGAGAUGAUUGUGGGUGAUCUGUCUCAUUUACACAUCUACGAGCAAGGAGGGAGCGCACAGCUGGCCGGUGUCCACGCCACCACGGUGAACACCCUUCCCGACGGGACGUUUGAUUUGGAGCAGCUGGAGUCAAAGAUCCGCCACGGGUACCCCGACCCCCACUACCCCCGCUCACGCCUCAUAUGUGUGGAGAACACACACAACAUACAGGGAGGACGUGUGUUGCCUCUGCCUUUCCUGCAGCAGGUGCGUGCAGUAGCGGACAAAUAUGGCCUGUCAGUUCAUAUGGAUGGAGCCAGGGUGAUGAACGCUGCUGUGGCCCAGGGUGUGCCUCCUUCCACUAUACUGCAGCACACACACACCGUCAGUGUGUGUCUCUCCAAGGGUUUGGGUGCCCCCGUGGGAACCAUGCUGGCUGGACCUAAAGAUUUCAUAUCCCGGGCAUUGCGGUGCCGUAAAGCUCUGGGUGGUGGGAUGCGGCAGGCUGGUGUAAUAGCAGCAGCUGGAAAACUGUCUCUGCUGGAGAUGGUGGGAAGACUGGAGGAAGACCACCACAAUGCAAAAACAUUUGCUCAAGCUUUGCUAGAGUGUGACCCUCCUCUGUUCGCUGUAGACAUGGCAGCCGUGGAGACAAACAUCCUGCGUUUCCGAAUACAGGAACCCACGUUGAGUCCCUCUGAGUUCUGUGCACGCAUGGCCCAGGUUGCGGAGGGAGAAGAGACUGCACUGGGACAGGGGAUCCAAGUCCUCAUGUACCCUCAUUUUGGAAAUUCAGUACGGGCUGUGUGGCAUCUCGGGAUAUCGCCUGAAGAUACACAGAUGGCCAUCCAGAAAAUGCAAUAUGUGGCUUCUCAGUUCUUGAAGGAAAAACUCAGAGCCCAGUGAAACCUGAUGUUUCCCCAAGUUUCUAAAACUAAUCUUGAGUAUUCUCAACAGACGAAUCUAGAAAAAGACUAAAUCAUAGGAUACUGCACUUUGGAUCAGAGUCCUCUUUAUAUUAAAGUUGUCAUAGCAGAGGUUGAAUCUGUUUGUUAGCAACCCCUAAAUAAAAUACCUCAACUAAA